AUUCUGGGGUGGUGGUGGUUAUAUUCAGAUAGGUGUCUGUUCGUCAGUGUUGGACAGGCUACAAGUGAAGUCCGACUAGCAAUCGCUUGAAAAUCGGUUCUGUGCUCUGUACUUUUAAAGCUUUAUUAUUCACACGAUCAAAGUCAGACGGUUUAAAAUGAAUAUAAUGUUGAAGUAAAGACUGGUUUCCAUAAAAAUCGAUACACGCCAUCGCCGACUCCUUUGCAGAGCAACGAUUGCAGUAAAAAAAAGUGUAGCGACUGUAUGAUAUGAAACUGAGCUUACUGUGCAUUAGUGGUCCAAAAUGUGAAAAACUAAAUUAUAAUAUAGUCAUAUGAUAGGCCUACUCUGUUCCGUUCCAUUGUUGAAAGUGAAAGUCCUUUGAAUAACGAAUAAACUACCACAAAUAUAACAACUUGCCAAUUGGAGAACGCGAAAUAAAACUAAUCAAGACACGGUGUGAUUUAGUGACCCCAAUGGGUAAUUUCAUGAACAAUGUGUGAUCAUUAUGGGGAAGUGUGGGCGACUUGUGUGUAAAGCCCUCUGUAUCCCUAGAUACGUGUACAGUAGUUUUGUAAUUUAUUUUUGUGAACAGACCAGGCGUAGGCUCAACUAGUAUCAAUUAUGUACAGAUCAACAGCUAUUGUAUAUUUUAAUUCUUCAACCAAAUAUCUGUUAAUAAAUAUAUACACACUGUAAUGUUAAGGGUGUAAUAACCCACCUUGACCCUAGACGAUUUAUUCACCGAAUUGUUACCGCGGAAAUCUCCUGUUUCCGAUAAACAGUCUUGGUGCUGAAUUGGAACUUCACUGGUAACCAUCGCAUCAAGUUCAUCAUGGCAACGCUUUUAAAUCUCACGUUUGCUCUUUUGUUUUUCAACGGGCUAUUGGCACAUAUUAUUAAUGGUGAAAAAAUAAGUGGUAAAUUUGAGAACGUCACAGCUACAGUCGGUGACGAUGUGUUCUUGAAAUGUCCUGGACUAGGCGUCCAGAUCGCUGUCUGGACCUUGAAUGACAACUUCGUCAGCGAGGACGACGAGCGGAUUUACAUCAUGCCUGGUCGCGGCAUCCUCCUCCUUAAUGUCGAGAUUGCAGAUACCGGUAAAUAUCGUUGUAGAAACGUCAUUCAAGACAAAAUAAUUGAAUUGAGAAUAGAACUUGACGUGGCGCCUGCUCUUGAUCAACCACACUUGGCAAACACAGAUUUCAAAUGUGGUACACCGAGAGCUCGUGGUAAAAUCGUCGGUGGUCGCUUGACCUACGCAGGACAGGUACCCUGGCAGGUUAUGCUAUGGCAUACUUCGAAGAAGAAAAUGUUUUGUGGGGGUGCAUUGUUGAACAGGUUUUGGGUCAUCACUGCUGCACACUGUAUUUAUUUCACUGAAGCAAACAAUAGGAAUAUUGAGAUACGGUUGGGCGUAUGGGACUCCGAGACUGAAGAAGACUUUGAAAGCCAUUUUGAAGUUGAUGAAAUCGUUGUGCAUCCGAACUACAACAUUGAGACUUACGAUUCAGAUAUAGCAUUAAUACGCCUAAGACAGCCGGUACAUUAUACUGAUUAUAUCAUUCCAAUUUGUCUACCAAGCAACCAACGUGCAGACAGGUUGAUGAGACCUAAACAAAAAGGAUUUAUUUCUGGUUGGGGAGCAACGAAGGAGGAAGGAGAUUACGUACGCUACCUCCGUAGGGUUCGCCUGCAAAUUACGGAUCAACAUUCGUGCGGAACCCAACAUACGGAUUUGAUAACUAAUAACAUGUUUUGCGGCGCACCGUUACCUGGGAAACAAUCACGUGACGCAUGUCAGGGAGAUAGUGGAGGACCGUUUGUCGUUCGAGUCUCUAACCGCUGGUACUUGGUAGGUCUAGUUAGCUGGGGUAUAGGGUGCGGUCGUCCUCAGUUCCCAGGUGUAUAUACACGUGUCUCUAGAUUCAAAUCAUGGAUCGAUGACAUCAUCCAAGAAAACUCAUGUGAAUCAGAACAGAGAUUCAAUACUUCAUUGCAACAAAAAGAUGAAAUAAUUCAAAAAUUACAAUCAGAGUUAGAAUUACUCCGGUCAUCAUCAGCGAAUGCUUCAUAUGCAAGAGUAGAACUAUUACCGACGACACAAUCUACCAUCACAACACAACACCAAACGAGUGAGAUCAUCACAAGUCCCCCCAUAUUCACUGAAGAUUCCUUUACGACAAGCUCAGAAUCAUUCAGUCUGGACACCUGGACCUCUUUUGAAUUCAUAUCAGAAGACAACUGGAAUGGCUGCUUAGGUGGACGGCGCUACACCAAACCGACUGGCUUGAAUGUCGGAGCUUAUGUCGGAGUGGUGCUUUGUUCUUCCAGAAGAUACAAGAUAUUCAUAUCAGAAGCUCCUCAUGAAACGUACCUAAACGUAGCAGACAGUCGUGGAUACGGUCAGGAUCAUUGCCAAUUUGUCGGCGCCUUAAAAGAUGGCAAAUUCAGAAUUGAUAACCAAAACUUUUGGAAUACACCGUCGACAAAAGGAUACCAUAGAUCUCACUGGAACGAAGCAUUGGUGCUGGGCGAUAUAGGAGGCGGUGAGAGCGGUACUUGGUACAAUUCGUUUAAGUGGUAUGAGUGUGGCAUCAACAUCCCAUAAUGUUUUGCAGAUUUAUUGCGAAUAUACAGAAUGAAGGAGAGAACACUCUUCACUCGCCAUACAGUAAUUUGAAAUCAUACAAUCAGAAUAAGAUUGCGAAAAACGGGGGUCGCCUGGAGCCCCUGACGGGGACCGGGUGAAAAGUCGGUUGGAUCACACCUUUGGUAUUGUAGGGCGCAGAAAAUAAUAAAUUGUAUAUUCAAUACA